UGGAAGAAGUGGGCACCUUGGCGGCACUCCACGUACGCAAGCACCAAGGCUGGCUGGGACACCGUGGAGGCGCAGAAGGGCGAUGGCGGGCAGUCCGACCCGAUCUCCACGGUCUCCCUCAUCACGAGUUUGGCUGCGUACCAGGGCGUCGGCGAGAAGGGCGACCCCACCAUCACGGCCGCCUUGGACAUGUUGCGUCGCAAAGCCCAAGAGGAGGAGGCCAACGCCAAACCCGCGCCAGCCCCACCCAAGCAGCGUACGGGCGCCCAGCUGCUGGCCGACGCCAAUCGCGCGCUCAAGGAGCUGGACAAUCGCAUUGAGAAGCAGCGGACGAAGCUCACGGGCGCGCAGUUGUAUUUGGACGACCAGCUCGAGAAGAUGGACAAGUUGGCCCAGCAGAGGGUCGAGGUGCAGCAGCGGCAUCUCACAGCACUCCAGCAGGCCAACCAGGAGUCGGGCAUCAUCGUGGUCAAACCCGAUGAGAAGACCCUCAAUGUCAAGUUCGAGUACGACGGCUCACUCUUCGAGGGCCUCGAGGAGUGCGACAUACCGACCGAGGAGAUGGACAGCAUCAUGCAGUGGAAGAGCGAGCUGGAGCAGUUCCAGAAGGAGCAGCUGGGCACCCUGCAGGCGAAGUUCAAGUACAUCGAGGAGAUCCACCAGAAGGCAAAGAAGGCAAUGCAGGCCCCCAAAAAGAAGCGUAAGGUGCGACAGCCAUCAACCCCGAGGACGAGAAGAAGAAGAUCAGGGACGCCAAUCAAGCAGUCUUGGAGCAGGCUCGGGCUGAGAGGCGCAAGGCUCGCGAAGCUCAUGUGCAAGCUGACGGUCUGGCUGAUGGUGCUGGGCAGUCUGGGCUUUAGCGAGGCGAACUCCACCCAGCAGCAGAGCGAGGAGUUCCAGGUCCUGUUCGGCAACAUCACGGAGUGGGGCCCACAGGUGCAGAACUACGUGCAUGGCCCAGCAGUGCAGCAGUUCGAUUGUCUGGCGUUUGUGGAAACGCACAAGGGGCCAAACCAAGUCUCAGCCAUGAAGACGUUCCUGCAGAAAGAAGGAUGGAAGGCGACAAUUACCCCCGCGGUCCCCAGUGGCAAGUCGAAGAAUGGAUGGUCCGCGGGUGAACUCAUCGCCACGCGCACACACAUACAGUCCACGUCCUUGGAGCACUGGAAGGGCAAGCACGACAAGCAAGGGGACUCGGCCUUCGUCGGUUUCUCCCCCAUGGUGCUGCACCUCAGCAUCGGCAAUUUCAUCAUCAUCGCGGCCUACCUACUACCGACCCUGCGUUUUACGGGCAGGAACCGAAAGGUCAUGGCAGCCCUCACUGCCUUUGUGCGCUUGUUGAAGGACCCAUGGCUCGUCGUGGCGGAUUGGAACUGCGUCCCUACUGAGCUGCUCGCAUCUGGUUGGUUAGAACAGAUGCGAGGCGAGAUCGUCACGGGCCCAGAGGAGGUCACAUGCGACAAAGGCAAGGGCUCCCUCUACGACUACGGCGUCGUCGCCGCGGGCUGCAAGGAAGGGCUUACCAUUGCCAAAGAGCUGACGGUACCAUGGGCGACGCAUUGUGGGCUUCGCAUCAGGCUGCCUGGCAAGAAGCAGCGAUGGUGGCACCGCACGCUGGACAUUCCCAAGGCGUUGCCCACGGUGCCGAGGCCGAAGAAGCAGAAGGACCUGGACAGCAAACGGAGUAAGCAGCAGGCACGACGCCAACAGGGACGCGAAGAGCUGGAACCUGUACUUCGGCAUGGUUUCGACUUCCUCGAGCAGGAUCCAGGCACAACGACUACGAACACAUCCCCGACAACACAGACUCCGAGUGCGGACUCACCGUCCAUCGACUUCCACAUCAGUUGCGUUACGUGGGAAGAUGCCAGAUGGGGAUUCUCUGGCACCCCACCAGAUAUUCAACUCAGAAGGGACCGUUGGUGGCCACAGGCCUAUCGUGAUCGGCCACUGCUGGCACAGAAGAUGGCGAACAGCUACGGCAGGUGGAUCGAGGCCGUGGAGGAGGCAGUUUUGCAGCACUCAGAGGUACCCCAACACCAACGGGACGGCUAUAGAGGAAGGGCGCAGGGUUUCGGCAUCAAGUGGAAAAAGAGCACAGCAGCGCCAGGCAGACCACAUCUGUACAACUCAGAGGCAGAGUGGUGGGCCAUCACGCACACGCAGGUGAUCGCGAUCAACGGCCUGGUGAAGAACAACAAAGACCCACAACAGCUGCAACAACGAGGCCAAGAGUUUCGACAGCGGAUACAGCAGGUACAUGUGGUCAGCAAGCACAGCGAUAUCGAGCUGCUCAACCAGUGGCAGCAGAGCGCACACGACAUCUUCAGCCCAGCACGUCAGGAGAGAGAGGACGUGAUAGAGAUCACCGAGAGAUUGGCUGGACAAGCAGCGCGGAGAGCUCUGGCAGAUGGCACAAAGGGCUUCAUCAGGUGGGCGCAAGAUAUGUGGAAGAAGACCCCUGGAGCCCUGCACAGAUGGACGAAGGACGCGCAGCAGCCGCGGCUCGAGGAGAUGAUCUCAGGCAAGAUCGUGGCCGAUCCCAUCCUCAUCAUGAACCACAAGAGCGAGAGUUGGGCCAAGAAGUGGACGGCCGCCCCGCAUAGACAGGCAGCACUUGCAG